UGGUCAGAUCACUGCACUUCGAACCAUGGCAAUCAAUGUACGCCUCAGGCCAAGCAAACUCCACAUCGCUUGAUCGAAGUUGGGGGAAAUGGUAGUCCUCCUAGACUCGUUCUCGGCAAGCAGCUCUCGGGCCAAAAUCAACAAUACACUACUCUUAGCCAUUGCUGGGGUACUAAUGUAUCUAUACGUACGCUUCUGUCAAAUUUACAGUCAUUCAGCGACCAAAUUCCUCCUCAGAUCAUUCCCCGUACAUUUGAUGAUGCCAUUCUCAUCACGCAAGCAUUAGGCGUUCGCUUCAUAUGGAUAGAUGCCUUAUGCAUUGUUCAAGACGAUGCAAAGGAAUGGGAACAGGAAGCUGCAAAGAUCAAGGAUAUAUAUUCAGGAAGCAUUCUCAACAUCGCAGCGUCUGACUCACCUGGAAGCGAAAGUGGUUGUUUUCCAGUCAAGAGUUCCUUCGUCCAGACCUUUCACUUGGCUCAACAUACGGUCCUAAGCUCCCGAGGCUGGGUACUUCAAGAACAACUCCUGCCCCACCGUAUCAUCUCGUGUAUGAGUGAUGAAAUGCACUGGGAGUGCAGUGAAGCUUAUAGAACAGAGACUGGGGUUCAUUUUGGUAGUCAUGUGUCUGACACUCGUGGUGUUCCGAGAAUGUACCAAUCUCCGGCGACGCUCGAACAAGACGGCAUGUGGAGAAGUUGGAUGGUAAACUUCUCCGAACGGAAGUUCAGCUAUUGGAAGGACCGUUUACCUGCACUGUCUGGAAUUGUCGGAAAGUACGAAGAGAUCACUGGAGAUGUCUCGAUUCUGGGACUCUGGAAGCGCUCCAUUAUCCAGGAUCUGCUGUGGAUCAGAACGGGUCAGAUCUCACUGGAGUCUGCUCCUGAGAUCGGAUCAGCUAGUCUUCCAUCGUGGUCCUGGCUCUCGUGUCCCUCUCAUAUCGAAUUUGAU